AUGCAGGAAGGAGGCAAAUAUCUCGGAGGGAAGCUUGGUGAUCUGAGCUCUCGCGUCGAUUCAGUUUCAGUUUCGGUUCUUGAUGGCCGGAUCCAGAUGGUGUCUACAGGACAGCUGGUGGUGAGACGCGUACGGAAUUCCGACUCUCAGCUGGCCUUCCGAUGUCGCGCUGUCCAUACGCUCACGGGGGCUACGCACGAGUCGGCUAACGCGGCACGGAUCUACGUCACAGGGUUUCGACGCCGGAAUGAUUUUAAAGGAAAAGCUAAGGUCUUCGGUCUCAUCUCCGGAGAUUUUGGAAGCUGUUCACCGUUUCUGGCUUCACACAAUGCUAACAAACCAGCUGAUAUGAGUAUGAUACCCCGAGGAGUGAGUCUUCCCCAAGAGUUCCCGAAGUGGAGUCUCCUGUACGAGUCCAAAGAGGAACAACAGCUACUCUUCUGUGUCCAGCCCAAGCCUAUCCUACGCCUACUAUUACGAUCUCCGGUGAACCAAGUGACGUGGCUGAAGGACGGAGCCAUUCUACGUCCGGGCGCCCGCAUUAGGAUGCCCGACAGCAAUGGGCGUGUCCUGAGGGUGGAGGGCGUGAGCGUGGCUGAUGUGGGCGUGUACCAGUGUCGAGCCGAAGGACACCAGGACUCGGCUCUAGGGACAUCGGUGAUCACACUCGGAGACACGCUUCCGGUUCUGAAAUACAGGUUCAUCGAGCAGACGCUUCAGCCGGGCCCUUCGGUGAGCCUAAAGUGCAUCGCCGCUGGGAGUCCUACGCCCUCGGUCUCCUGGAGUCUCGACGGCUUCCCUGUCAGGCACUCUGAGAGACUCGUCCUGGGCCAGUACGUCAGCGUAGACGGCGACGUCAUUUCGCACGUCAACAUCAGCAACGUUGCAGCGGUUGACGGGGGUCUGUAUCAGUGCACCGCCACCAACGCCGUCGGCAGCGUUAUUCAUGCGGCACGUCUCAAUGUGUAUGGAGUGCCUGUAGUGAGAGCCAUGGGCGAGGUGACAGCAGUAGCGGGCGAGCGACUCGUCCUGACAUGCCCUGUGGGAGGAUACCCUAUCCACACGCGCAAGUGGUUCAAAGAAGGAACGCAAUUACCCGUAAGUCGCCGGCAGAGCGUCCACCCCAACGGCUCGCUCGUAAUCGACAACGUACAGCGGAAGACGGACAGCGGAAGUUACUCCUGUACGGCCUCCACGCGACACGGCGACACAAGCACCCAGUCCGUGCAGGUUAAGGUUCUCGUGCCACCGCGUAUCCUGCCCUUCAACCAAGACCACCACCUGUCGGAGGGCAACCGGCUGACGCUGACUUGCGCCGUGACGGAGGGCGACCUGCCGCUGCGCAUCACGUGGUACAAGGACGGCGUCAAGCUGGAGGGUCAGCCGCACAUCACGCUGCGCGCCUGGGACGACUUCAACAACCACCUGGGUAUCGCGCAUGUGCUGCCACGCCACGCCGGUAACUACACUUGCGAGGCCUCCAACCGCGCCGCCUCCGACCGUCAGACGGCGUCGCUCUUCGUGAACGUGCCCCCCAGGAUAGGCCCCUUUUCGUUCCGGAGCAACGCGGCCGCCGGCAUCCGCGUGCAGGUGAGCUGCGGCCUCGAGCAGGGCGACCUCCCCGUCACCUUUCGCUGGCUCAAGGACGGCACGCCCUUCACGGACAGCCGCUUCUUGGACGCCGUGGACCCGCUGCGCCGCGGGCCGGCCGCCGACCUGGCCCUCGAGGUGCGCCAGCUCGAUGCCUACUCCAGCAUUCUUAUCAUCCCGCACCUGAGCGCCGCCCACGCCGGUAACUACACGUGCGAAGCCACCAACGCCGCCCGCAGCGCCUCCUUCACGGCCCCGCUCACCGUCAGCGUUCCUCCUCGGUGGGUGACAGAACCGGCUGACGUCAGCGUGGUUCGAGGGCGUGAUGUGGUUCUCCCGUGCCAGACCGAGGGCUUCCCGCCGCCCACGGUUGUCUGGAGAAAAGCACAUGGAAACGCCCCCGGGACCUAUCGCGACCUGCUAGGCACUCCAGGCGUCCAGCAGCUCGCCAACGGCUCCCUGUUCCUGACGCAGGUGACGAAGGAGGACGAGGGAAGGUACCUAUGCGAGGCCACGAACACCAUCGGCGCCGGGCUGAGCAAGGUUGUCAAGAUCACUGUCAAUGCCCCCCCGAGGUUCAGCAGCCACAGAGAGAACGUAAGCGUGGGCAGCGGGACCAACGCCAUCCUACGGUGCCCUGUUUCCGGCGACCAGCCUAUGAAGGUGUCCUGGCAUAAGGAUGGCAGAAUCGUCACGCCGUCGGAAUCCUACAGUAAUUUUACAAGGCAGAAACCGCCGGAUCUUCCCCGUUCCCUUCACAUCCUCGAGAAAGGUGCGAGAUACGUGAAGCUCGCCUGGGAAGCUCCGCAAGACGGUAAUUCUCCUAUAACGAAGUACACGCUACGCUACACCCGUCUUUCAGGUUGGCAGCAGCAAGGCCUUUUGGAGAACCACGGCGAACUCGAGGUAUCCGUGGGCGGGGGAGAGACGGAAGCUCGGGUGGACAAACUCACGCCCGCGACUCAGUAUCUCUUCACUCUCUACGCCCACAAUGCUAUGGGUCCUUCUAAGCCUUCUGAGGCCCUUCAGGUGACGACGGAGGGAGAGGCCCCAGGAGCACCGCCGAGGGACGUCGAGGUCUCCGCCGCCUCCUCCAGUAGCCUGAAGGUGUCGUGGCUUCCUCCGGAUCCUGCGAGUCAGCACGGGAGGAUUCUUGCCUACUACAUCGGCUACGGACAGUACGUCGUCGAGGUUCAAGCUGUUAAUGCCCAGGGUGCCGGUCCAGCUUCUAUUACUGUUACGAGUUCGACGCUAGAGGACGUGCCCUCGGCCGCCCCUACUGCUCUCCGAUGCGCACCCAUGACCGCCCACAGUGUGCUGGUGUCGUGGGAUCCUCUCGCGCCUGCUCUCGCCCGGGGGGAAUUACUGGGUUACAGAGUCCUCUACGCUCCCGCUGAGAGAAUGCCCCCACAACCCCCCCAAAUCCACGUGACCCGGACGGGCGCCACGACGCUGACAGUAGCGUGGCGGACGGGCGACAGCGGGGGCGCUCCGUUGCUCGGGCUCACCAUAUCGUACAAACGGGACUACGGGGAGUGGCAGGAGGAGACGGUGCCGCCCACGCAGACGUCCCACGAGCUGAGGGGCCUGGCGUGCGGGAACCAUUACGAUCUGUACGUCACGGCGUAUAACAAGGUAGGAGACGGACGCCCUUCAGAGAAUCUCCGCACGAAGACAGCCGGGUCCCCGCCCCUCACAGGAGGGCGUGAGGGCGUGGUCGUCGCCAACACCUCGUGGGCGGCGGUGAGUCUGGCCAAGUGGAGUGACGGCGGGUGUCCUAUUAGCCAUUAUAGCGUGGCUUAUCGGCGUAGCAGCAGCACUACCUGGGUCGUAGUAUCUGAAACGGUGGACGGGAGUAGGCCUGUAGAAUUAGGAGGCCUAAACCCUUCUACUGCCUACGUGGUGAGUGUGACCGCCCACAAUUCUGCAGGGAGCACAGUGCAGGAAUACCCUUUCACGACAGCUGCACUCAACGGAGGACCUUCUUCUCCCGGUUUAGUCAUGGACGGUGUCUACUUGACGGAUGUACGUGUCUUGCUUCCUGUCGUGGCUUCGUCGUUAGCUCUCUUGGCCACCGUCAUCACCGUCUGCGUCUGCGUCAGGAGGAGACCGCCCCCGCCCUCCCCCCAGAGCGGAGGCGACACCUGCAGCGUGACGGCGCAGGAGAACAAGGAGAACCUGAAGCAACGAGAACAGUACUACGCCACCGUCAGGAAGACGUCUCCGCACAGGGACCCGGCGGCGCACGAGAGAGUCCCCGAAUACGCCGACGACAUCUAUCCCUACGCCACCUUCCAGAUGAACAACAGCCACCAACAGCAGCAACAGCAACAACAACAGCAGCAGCAACAACAACCCCGCCCUCGCCUGCAACAGCCUACGUCACAACACAAUGCUUCUCAUGGACACUACCAGCCAUGUCCGUACAAAGAUGUUAUGGCAGGCAGAGAGGUAAAGGGAUAG